UCCCCGCCGGGGAUGGCGCAUGGCUCGUGGCGCCGGGCAGAGGGCUGCCGUAGUUAGCGCCCUGUCAGUCAGUCCUUGGAGCGAUGUAAUCGGAGUGGGAGAUCUUUCAGUGCCAGGACAUGUCAAAACAACCUUUACUCGCCUCACUCCGACGUACGCACAUCACACGUCGGAAUUUGUCUCCGGUACAGAUAGACCAGGAUCUUAUGAUACUUUGUAGCAGUUAAAUUCUGUCAGAUACAAACUUCAAAGUGAACAAAUCCAUGAGUGGGAAUCGAUCCCUGAAGAAACGAUGUGGGGAAUUGCACCUGGAAUCCCCUGUGCGCUAUGGUCAUGUUCCUUCUGCAGGAUGUUCAUUAAGCAAGUUGAUUCAGUUACCUACACCGCCUUUGUCAAAACACCAGCUAAAGCGGUUAGAAGAACACAAGUAUCAAAGUGCUGGACGGUCCCUGCUUGAGCCAUUAAUGCAAGGUUAUUGGGAAUGGUUAGUAAGAAGAGUACCAGCUUGGAUUGCACCAAAUCUGAUUACAAUAGUUGGACUGAUAAUAAACAUCUGUACAACCAUAAUAUUAGUGUGUUACUGUCCAACAGCUACAGAGCAGGCACCUCCAUGGGCAUAUAUUGCAUGUGCUUGUGGCCUUUUCAUAUACCAGUCUUUGGAUGCUAUAGAUGGGAAGCAGGCAAGAAGAACCAAUAGUAGUAGUCCUUUGGGAGAACUUUUUGACCAUGGUUGUGAUUCACUGUCUACAGUUUUUGUGGUUUUGGGAACGUGUAUUGCGGUGCAACUGGGGACAAAUCCUGACUGGAUGUUCUUCUGCUGUUUUGCUGGGACAUUCAUGUUUUACUGUGCACAUUGGCAGACAUAUGUCUCUGGCACAUUGCGCUUUGGAAUAAUUGAUGUGACUGAAGUACAAGUCUUCAUAAUAAUCAUGCAUUUACUGGCAGUGAUCGGAGGAACAACUUUUUGGGAAACUAUGAUUCCAGUGGUAAACAUCCAAAUGAAAAUACUUCCAGCUCUUUGCACUGUAGCAGGAACCAUAUUCUCAUGUACAAACUACUUUGGUGUGAUCUUCACUGGUGGUGUUGGCAAAAAUGGAUCAACUAUAGCAGGAACAAGUGUCCUUUCUCCAUUUCUUCACAUUGGAUCAGUCAUCAUAUUAGCUGCUAUGAUCUACAAGAAAUCUGCUGUGCAGCUCUUUGAAAAACAUCCCUGCCUCUACAUACUGACCUUUGGAUUUGUUUCAGCUAAGAUAACUAACAAAUUAGUGGUUGCACAUAUGACCAAAAGUGAGAUGCAUCUGCAUGACACAGCAUUCAUAGGCCCAGCUCUCUUGUUCCUGGAUCAAUAUUUUAAUAGUUUUAUUGAUGAGUAUAUUGUACUUUGGAUUGCCCUGAUCUUUUCUCUCUUUGAUUUGCUCCGAUACUGUGUCAGUGUGUGCAAUCAGAUUGCUUCCCACCUUCACAUCCAUGUCUUCAGGAUCAAGACCUAUUCCACAUACUCUAAUCAUCAUUAGUUAACUUGGUGAUGGUCACAAUUAAAAAACAACUGACAACUGUUUUCUAAAGGAGAGGAUACAAACAUACUGAGGAGACUAUGGAAACUGGAACAGAUAGGAACAAGUCUAAUUUAUAAUAAUGUUGUGUAACUUCUAAUCUGUUUUUGAUGACACUCCUUAGCUAGCCUGGAAAGGGGAAUUCCAAGCACUCUCCGGCCAGGAAAGCAUGCAGAGAGUAAAGCUUUGUCUUUGUAAUUACCUUGGUUACAUAAUAAACUCCUGGGUUAAUGGAUUCCUAACAACAGGAGCAUCUAGUACAAUGUAAUUACAUGCUGUAAGACAACUUGCUUUCUAAUUUUAAUAAAUCAUCUCUUAGUGAAAUAUUCAGUUAGUAAGUACCCACUCAAAAUAAUUACUAAAAAGUCGAGCUUAUGAUACACAGAUAUCCCACUAGCAUUUGUGGUUGAAAUGUCUCAGACUUUUGAGUCUAGACUUUGAUCUCAUUAUUCACCUGUUGCUGAUAACUGAAGUAGAUUUUUAAGUCCAAAAUGACACUUCACAUUACUCCCAUUGUCUGUUUGGAAGUUGGAUGUGUUUAAAAGUGCCAUCUUUGGAAAGAAUCCACUGUGGCUGGGCUGUCUGUUCGUUUCAGUUUGGUGCUAUGGGUCUGCUGAAUGCAAGUUUCUCAGCCACUGUGCUUGAUGGAUUGCACCUUUUGUCUUUAAAGUUUCGCUCAUUGAGAAAUCAGUGAGCGGUGGUGGGGUGAUCGUCAGCAUGCAGUAUAGUGUGGUACCUGUCAGUUUAUUUUAUUUUUUAAAAUAAACAUUUAAAGAAUUUAUUUCUCAGUGUUCUUCAGUGGAAAAAUCUAUACGAGAUUUACAGUUACUUUUUGUAUAAAAUUUAUGCAAAAAUUAUUUCUGCUCUUUAAUAAAUAAGAAAAUUCUCAUAA